AUGCCUGUGCCUCCCCCUCCAGCUCCCCCUCCUCCCCCAACACUGGCAUUGGCAAAUACUGAAAAGCCAUCCUUAAGCAGGACAGAACAAGCAGGGCGAAAUGCCCUAUUAUCUGAUAUUACCAAAGGGAAAAAACUGAAGAAGACUGUUACUAAUGACAGAAGUGCCCCAAUUCUAGACAAGCCCAAAGGACCUGGUGGAGGUAGCAGUGGUGGCUUUGGAGGUGGUGGCAGUAGCAGCGGUGGGGGUUUUGGUAGUGGUGGUGGUUUCAGCGGUGGUGGACCACCUGGCCUUGGAGGCCUUUUUCAAGCAGGAAUGCCAAAGCUCAGAUCGGCUGCAAAUCGAGAUGCAGAUACCGGGGCAAGCCGCCCCCCGGCCUUGCCGCCCGGAGGCCGCUCCGCAGCCGCCAAGCCCUUCUCUCCGCCGAGCGGCCCACCGCGCUUCCCGGGGUCGCCCUCAGGGCCGCGGACCCCUGCUCCCGAGCCGCAGAGGAGCCGCAUGCCGCCGCCAAGGCCCGACGUCGGCUCCAAGCCCGAGGUCGUGCCGCCGCCGGUACCCAGCACGCCCCGGCCCAUCGCCUCCAGCCUGCAUAACAGAGGGUCGCCGCCGGUGCCUAGAGUGAACCGGCAGCCUAGCCUGGGGCCUUCGCCACCCCCCUUCCUGGGCAGCCGGAGCGCAGGAUCGGCCGGGCCACUCCGGCAGACGGGCCCCAGCGCGGCAUCCCCCUUCUCCGGCCGGCCACCGCUGCCGCCCACGCCGGGCCGGCCGGCUGAGGACAAGCCGCCGCCCCCACCGCCCCCCGCCGGGCACAGAGCACCCGCCGCUCGGGAGUCGGCUCUGCCCCCGCUGCCGCCGCAGAACAGCAAGCCACCUGUGCCCUCUGCGCCACGGCCCACCGUCGGCGCCCCAGCGCCACCACCUCCCCCUAGCAGGCCGGGGCCACCCCCUAUCCCGCCUGUCCCGAGCGGCAGCGACGAGAUGCCGCGGCUGCCCCAGAGGAACAUCUCGCUGGGGUCCUCCUCAUCGCCCGUCGGCGGGGGCGGCCGCUCCGGACCCCUGCCCCCCCCGCCCAGCGAGAGGCCUCCACCGCCGGUCAGAGACCCCCCAAGCCGAUCAGGCCCCCUCCCACCACCUCCUCCCCUAAGCAGGAAUGGAAGCACUUCAAGAGCUUUGCCCGCUGCUCCCCAGCUGCCAUCCCGGGCAGGGCUGGACACCCAGAGAGGUGGACCACGACCACCACUUCCUCCUGACCGGCCGGGCUCAGCAGCACCACCGCCACCACCACCGCCUUCAUCAGCUGUCCGAAAUGGUUUCCAGGAUCUAGGUGAUGAUGAAUGGGAAAGCAGAUUUUCUUUUCAUCCUAUAUCUGACCUGCCACCUCCAGAGCCGUAUGUACCUAUGAACAGAAGUUAUCCCAGUAAACUAGCAAGAAGUGAAAGCAGAGGUGGCUCUGGCCGAAAAGAAAGAGGUGCUCCCCCACUUCCACCUAUACCAAGGUGA